GCUCCGGCUGGGUCCAGCGUGUGCGUGCGGAGCGGGAAGGGGGGCUCGCUGCAGAGCCCACCCACCCCAUUGGCUUGCGAGCGGUGACAGGCAGGCUGCGCCCUCCCCGCCGAGCCGCUCGCCUGUGUGGAUGCGAGCAAUGUGCGCAAAGUGCCUUUGCAUGAGCCGGCGUGUGCCGUAGCUCCGGGCGCUCGAUCGCAAAGGUGCCGAGACCACCGCGGCAGCCCCAUCCCGCAGCCGGCGGCCCCACCGGACCAUGGCAUGGGCACAGGGGGACCUGACGUCCUCGCUCUCCAUCGUCAUCGCUUUGGCUGCCUGCCUGUCUGCCACCACCAGUGAAGUGAACUUGCUUGACACGUCAACGAUGCCAGGGGACUGGGGUUGGCUGACCUAUCCCUCACAUGGGUGGGAUUCCAUCAAUGAAAUGGAUGAGUUUUUCAGCCCUAUCCACACCUACCAGGUCUGUAACGUCAUGACCCCCAACCAGAACAACUGGCUACGAACCAACUGGGUUCAGAGGGACGGCGCGCGGCGGGUCUACGCCGAGAUCAAAUUCACCCUGCGGGACUGUAACAGCAUGCCGGGCGUGCUGGGCACCUGCAAGGAGACUUUCAACCUCUACUACCUGGAGUCUGACCGUGAUCUGGGUGCCAGCACCCGUGAGAGCCAGUUUAUGAAGAUUGACACCAUAGCGGCCGAUGAGAGCUUCACCAACGUGGAUCUGGGAGUCAGGCGCCUGAAACUGAACACAGAAGUUAGGGGUGUGGGGCCCUUGAGCAAGAGGGGUUUCUACUUGGCCUUCCAGGACAUAGGUGCUUGCAUCGCCAUUGUUUCAGUGCGGGUGUACUACAAGAAGUGCCCGGCAAUGGUGAGGAACUUGGCAUCCUUCUCUGAGGCUGUGACUGGAGCAGACUCAUCCUCCUUGGUGGAAGUGCGGGGAGAGUGUGUGGGCCAUUCAGAGGAGAGGGACACCCCCAAAAUGUACUGCAGUGCCGAGGGAGAAUGGCUGGUGCCCAUCGGGAAGUGCGUGUGCAGUGCUGGCUAUGAAGAGCAGCGGGAUUCCUGCAUGGCAUGCCAGCUGGGCUUCUACAAGUCGGACCCUGGGGACCAGCUGUGUGCCAAGUGCCCCCCACACAGCCAUUCGGAGAGCCGGGCAGCCCGCGUGUGCCGCUGUGACAGCAGCUUCUACCGGGCAGUGCAGGACCCCCCCUCGGCUGCCUGCACACGCCCUCCCUCCGCUCCGGUGAACCUGGUCUCCAGCGUUAACGGCACCUCGGUGACACUGGAAUGGGGUCCUCCCUUGGACAAGGGGGGGCGCAGUGACGUGGUGUACAACGUGCAGUGCCGGCGCUGCGGGGCGGAUGCGGGGCAGUGCGAGGCGUGCGGCGGUGGGAUCCGCUUCGUCCCCCAGCAGAUGAGCCUGGUGCAGGGAGCGCUGACCGUCACCAAUCUCCUGGCCCACACCAAUUAUUCCUUCUGGGUGGAGGCUGUGAAUGGGGUGUCGGAUCUCAGCGUGGAGGCCAGGAGAGCCGCCGUGGCCAACAUCACAACCAACCAGGCAGCCCCAUCGCAGGUGGUGGCCGUCCGCCAUGAGAGCACAGGUCAGAACAGUGUCACCUUGCUGUGGCAGGAGCCAGACCAGCCCAACGGCAUCAUCCUGGAGUAUGAGAUCAAGUACUAUGAGAAGGACAAGGAAAUGCAGAGCUAUUCGACCCUGAAAUCCAAGGGCACCGCUGCCACCAUCUCUGGGCUCAAGCCUGCCACCCGAUACAUCUUUCAGGUUCGGGCCCGAACAUCUGCAGGAUGUGGGAGGUUCAGCCAGACUGUGGAGGUGGAAACAGGGAAGCCAGUUUCCCUCCGCUAUGACACGAUGACCAUUGUCUGGAUCUGCUUGACACUCAUCACUGGCCUCGUUGCCUUGCUGGUGGUCUUAAUCUGCAAGAAGAGGCACUGUGGGUACAGCAAGGCGUUCCAGGACUCCGAUGAGGAGAAGAUGCAUUAUCAGAAUGGGCAAGUGAAGUUCCCCGAGUCAAAGUUCUACGUGGAUCCCCACACAUAUGAAGACCCCUGCCAAGCUGUGCAUGAGUUCACCCGUGAAAUUGAGGCUUCCCGGAUCAAGAUCGAGAAGGUCAUUGGGUCUGGGGAAUCUGGAGAGGUGUGCUACGGUCGCCUGAAGCUGCCAGGGAAGAGGGAGAUCCCCGUGGCCAUCAAGGCUCUGAAGGCAGGCUACACUGAGAAGCAGAGGCGUGACUUCCUAAGCGAAGCCAGCAUCAUGGCACAGUUCGACCACCCCAAUGUCAUCCACUUGGAGGGGGUGGUGACCAGGAGCAAAUUGGUCAUGAUUGUUACUGAGUACAUGGAGAACGGCUCACUAGACACCUUUCUCAGGAAGCACGAUGGGCAGUUCACCAUCAUCCAGCUGGUGGGCAUGUUGCGCGGCAUCGGAGCGGGCAUGAGGUACCUGUCUGACCUGGGCUACGUGCACCGGGACCUGGCUGCCCGCAACAUCCUGGUCAACAGCAACCUGGUCUGCAAAGUGUCCGACUUCGGCCUCUCCCGCAUCCUUGAGGAUGACCCGGAUGCUGCCUACACCACCACGGGGGGCAAGAUCCCCAUCCGCUGGACUGCUCCGGAGGCCAUCGCGUACCGCAAGUUCUCCUCCGCCAGCGACGUGUGGAGUUACGGCAUCGUCAUGUGGGAGGUGCUGGCCUACGGCGAGCGUCCCUACUGGAACAUGACCAACAGGGAUGUCAUUAACUCAGUGGAGGAAGGCUACCGCCUGCCGGCCCCGAUGGGCUGCCCCACAGCCCUGCACCAGCUGAUGCUGGACUGCUGGCAGAAGGACCGAAGCGAGAGGCCUCGCUUCUCCCAGAUCGUUGGCAUUCUGGACAAACUGAUCCGAAACCCAGACAACCUGAAGUGCACUGCCACCGUGAACCGGUUCACCCAGACGCCCUUCAACAGGACUCUCCUUGACUUCUCCUCCUGCCUGACAGUGGAGGACUGGCUGGACUCCAUCCGGCUGGGGCACUACCGGGACAACUUUGCCAUGGCAGGGUACUCCUCCCUGGGCAUGGUGAUGAGCAUGAACAUUGAGGAUGUUCGGAGUCUGGGCAUCACCAUGAUGGGUCACCAGAAGAAGAUCUUGAGCAGCAUCCAGGCCAUGCGCUCCCAGCUGCUGAACACAAACGGCCCCAGGAGGCACCUCUGAUCACCAGCUCUGCAGACCCACACCAUACAUUCCUUAACACUUACUUUGGCACAGGGGCAGCAGGGGGGGGUGAAUGAGAAAGGGGCACCAGACCAUGAUCUGGAACUCCUCCAGCAUCUCUUUGAUUUUGGGCUUCGGUGGAAGUAUGGCUUUCCAAGUACCUUGACAAUCCUGCUGCCUCCUUCCCCCAUCUGAAGCCAAAAGGGAGGAGCAGCAAACAAAACAGCAAUACCAGGACCUACAGGACUGAGCUUGUCAUAGGCCACAGCUCUUUUGGAUUUGAUGAGGGGAGUCUGUUGGAUCUCUGAACUGAGGAGGGUCCCACAGACUGCCACACAGCAGAGGCAACCCUGCUCCCAGUACCUCACAGUGCUCUAACCUGGAACAGCCUGCAAGUGACUUCAUGGGCACCUCCACUAAGCCUGGGAGAGCAGGGGACAGAGUGCCAGCCUGCAGCACUAGGGACUGCUGGCAGUGCUAGGGGCUGCUGGCAGGCUCCCUGUGCUCUCUCCACCUGGGGAAAGAGGGGGCCAGGGUUUUCUACCUGGAUCCUUGGAAGCCCCAUGUCCUGCAGGAGUCUCCACCUCUUGAACACACCAGCACUGCUCCUGUUUGGACACAGCACAAGCAUCCCAGGGCGGCCUGGGCAUGUUUUCUAGGGCCACACGCUCAGGUUUCUCCCCUGGCAGAACUGCCAUCUCCUGUCCUUUGGUCUCCCCCAGCUGCACCGCAGCACAGUGGGAGAAUUUGCUCCCACCUCGCGUCACUGGGGCCGGAGAGACUUGUACCAAACUUUGUUCUUAUAUCGCCCUAGAGGAACACAAGAGCUGCCAGAUUCUCACACUGCCAGCCUACAUCUGGGGCUGCCGUGUUAUCUGCAGAGCGUGGAUCCUGAGCAAUAUUUCCAGCUGCAGUCACACAGUCCUUGUCACACAAAGCUGGCAGGAUCUCCAGCAGUACCCCACUGGUGAGCCCAAUGAUGGGUGGCUGACCUUUCCUCCUCAUCUCUUCUCCAUCCUCCAUAGGAGCAUCUCUUCUGUCAAGCUUGCCUGGCAUGGAGCAAUGGCCUCUGGAGACAUGCAGAGCUGUUCAAGGGGUUGAGGUGGAUGCAGUGGUGCGGAGGUGCCAGGAGGGUGAGCAGGCUGUGGGCUGGGAAGGCUAUUCCUGGUUGUAAAUACAAUUUUAUAUGGGUUUGGGGACUGUUCUACUGGAAUCCAAUGUCAAGUACACAACAUUUUCUCAAAGCACAGAAGCCUCAAACGUGGGGCUGAACUCACUGCAAAAAAAACAAACUGCUGGGAGCACGGCUGGGGAGGGGAGCAGUGCUGGAGGGGAUGCACUCUGGAACCCACAGCACCUUGUCUGUAGCACUUGCACAGUAAAUCCAGCAUCACUCCAGUAAAAGUGCUGGUGGGAUCUGGCCCAGCGUGUUUCUCUCAGCGCUACUUGGGCACAAGGAGGGUGGGGGGAGGGUUAAAGCCAUUUCCCAGCUGCAAUAAUCCUGGCUGAACUGGCCCUGCUGGGGCUAGCUUAGCUUUCAAUCCUGGGCACUUACAUCCUGAUGAAUUCUCUGACUGUGGCGGGCACUUUACUUCUUCCUAUGGAAGCUCUUUGUAACCGGGGACAGAUGCAAUGUGUUGUUUAAUUUGUAUUGCACCUUAUGUCCUGCACUCAAACCUGCCACACAUCCACCCUGCAGUCAGUGUAAUGACGGAGCUCAGCCCGAGCCCUGCCACAUGGGGCUGUCUGUGUCCUCUCUUCCCAAUGAUGGGAUCCCCUGGUGGGUCAGUCUGCCACGGACAAACUGCCCUUGUACCCAUGGACAGCAAAGGACAGGCCCAUGCCUCUGGGGUCACGGAGGUUGAGUGCUCUUGGCCCCAUGGCCUUGGGGUUUGAUGGUGGUGAGGGCUGCAGGCUCUGAAUCUGGAGCUACCAGAUGGCCCCUUUCUGGGUGGCUCAUGGGUCAGACCCUUCAGCACGGUGGGGCUGGGCAGUUCCUGCCCCAAGGCCUGAAG